ACAGCCCGUUGCGGUGGAAGGGCUGCGAUGAAGACGAAUCGCGGUUUUGUUGUUAUUUCGCGUACUGAGGCGAGUCGCGACGCGUUUUCUCGCGGCGAACGGUGUGCGACGCGUGCCAGGUGCUACGAGACGUGCGUGUAGGAGCUUGUUCGCGUGCGUAAUCCCGCGCCAGCACACGAAACGGGGUUUUUUCCAUAUCGUGUCGUGUCGUAUCGUGUCAUUGACUCAGGACGAAGUGUCAAAAUUUAUCCGUGUUCUCCGUUCACCUCCCCCUUGACCUCCCCCCCGCUCGCGUCAUCCGCGCGACACGAGAGUGCGAGAUAUUAAAAUCUCUUCCGCGAAUAAAAUCUCGACGAUAAUCCUCGUCGUCCCGUGACGCGAGAAGACGCGACUUGUACGAGCGUUAGCAGCAGAAGUAAGGACAUGUAUACAUAUGACAACGUCAGUGCGCUUUGUUUUCUUUCUCUUUUACAAUGUCGCUAAAUCUCGACACAAAGCGAGUCGACGAGUUAUUUUAACGCUUGUUGAUGAUAAUAAACGGGAGGAACUGGAGAUACGCCACGACGUAGUGCGACGUGCAUCAUACGUGUUAUCACUGUUAGCGAUUUUUUUUAACUUUUGUUUUGAAGCUAGAGCGAUUUGUUUAAUAUGCGUGCGAAUUCCACAACUUCGUGAAAACAAUCUAUUAUCUGCGAUGUUUAACCUUAUCCUUGCGCGAAAUGUCAGUCGACGUAUCGUUGAUAUACUACAUGCAAUUUGAUCCUACAUGCUGAAUAGUGUUCACCAGACUCAAAUGAAUACGUAAUCUGUGUUGAAAUACUAUGAGGAAUACAAUGAUCAUUUAUCUAAGAUGCAUUUAAUAAAAUCUAUUCAUCAGUGAUUAUAUAUUUGGCAAAGUUGGAGAGUGAUGCCGGUUCAUCAGAUUAAUGUUAAUCCGCCUGACUGGCAACCACCUUUGUCAAUUAGUCCUUCUAAUAAUACAAGUCCUGCUGGUGGAGAAGGUUUACCAGAAUGGACACCACGGGAAUCGAGUUAUGCCACAGUCGUUACUAUUAUACCAGACCAUUGUCACUCGUCUGUAAGCACAUUAUCCUCAACCAACCAUGAUAUUUGCAGGAUCUGCCAUUGUGAAGGCGAAGAAGGUGCUCCUUUAUUAGCACCUUGCUACUGCAGUGGCAGUUUGCGUUAUGUGCAUCAAGCUUGUCUUCAACAAUGGAUUAAGGCUUCGGAUACGCGCGCUUGUGAAUUAUGCAAAUUCACAUUUAUUAUGCAUGCCAAAACAAAACCAUUUUGUGAGUGGGAGAAACUCGAAAUGUCCGCGUUAGAAGUGCGAAAAUUAUGGUGCGCAGUGGCUUUUCAUGCUGUAGCUGCUCUUUGCGUAGCAUGGUCAUUGUAUGUACUCGUCGAACGAUCUGUGGAGGAAGCUCGUCGUGGAUUCGUCGACUGGUCUUUCUGGACUAAAUUAAUAGUCGUCGUAAUCGGUUCUACCGGUGGUUUGGUCUUCAUGUAUAUUCAAUGCAAAGCAUAUAUUACAUUAUGCAAAAAGUGGCGAGCGUUUAAUAGAGUGAUAUUUAUUCAAAAUGCUCCCGAAAAAGUGGUGCUUCCUCCGUCACCCACAGACUCUUUGAGAGAGGUCACCUUGCCCCUGAAGGACCCAACUGCCUCGAUGGCCGAACUCAACCGCACUCUGUUACCCCGUACCAUAGAUCCUCCAUGUGCCUCGCAGAUGUCGAAGGCCGACUCUGCCGCACCACAGAGGCACGACGCUCAAUUGAAACUUUAUGUAUUCGACAAAUUGUCCUCAUCCGAGGAUAAUCUAUAAUACCUAAACUUCGAAGAUGGAAAUCAUCGUACGUAAAAUCGCGCGUUAAAGGUGAUUACACAUUUUCAGUUCGAAGGAAAAA